AUGAACCUCAUUGAAUUUCAAAUUGCUGUCAUCGUAGCUAUCGUUGCAGCCAAUGUCAUUAUUGCAUUGAGCAACGACGAUAAUAUUCUCAAAAAACUCAACUAUCAAAACUAUGUUUCGCAAUUUCGGAUGGAGACGGAAUCAAGAGCUUACAUUGAUAUGGACUGGUUGAUUUUACACGGAAAUGUCGUCCCUCAAGGUACAAAAACGUAUAUAACAGGUGUGCGUCCAACUGCGAAUGGUACCGACUUUUGUGGUGGAUCACUCAUUACGCCAAUGCAUGUCUUGACUGCUGCACACUGUAUAGUUGGCGAUAUUCAAUAUGUCUCAGUGGGUACGCAUUUCCUCAGUGGUACUGAAGAUGGCGAGCAAUUAAAGGUAGUGAACAAGAUCCCACAUCCAAAAUACGUAAGUGAGACCCAUUCAUACGAUCUCAUGGUACUGGAAUUAGAAAAACCCAGUUCAUAUCCACCCAUUGCUCUCGCACAAGCCAAUGACACAAAUGGCAAUGCGACAGUGAUGGGAUGGGGUGCAACUUCACAAAAUGGUGAACAGUCGAAGGAACUACUUCGAGUGGACAUACCUAUCAUGAAUUUUACUGCAUGUGGUAAGAUUUUGGAGGUGGAUGACACAAUGUUGUGUGCAGGUGGUGAACUUGAUAUGGAUUCGUGUCAAGGUGACUCGGGUGGCCCACUUAUUGUGGAACAUUUUGACGAAGAUGUUUUGAUUGGGGUAGUGAGCUGGGGCAACGGAUGUGGACGCGCUGGAUAUCCUGGUGUCUAUGCACGUGUGUCCGUCGCGAUCGAUUGGCUUCAAAGUGUUGCUCCGGCCAUAACGCUAAGCUGA